AAAGAGCUAGGAGAGGAUGGAUGGAGAUGUCAAGAUAAUGAUUGCAUUAGUAUGUACUGGGUCUGUGAUGGAUUCCAUCAAUGCACUGAUGACUCUGAUGAGGGAAUGGAAGCCGGGCAAGGUUGCAACCUUUACCCAGACUCUGAAUGUCGAUCGUUCCAUGGUUUUGAGCACUUUUACUGUGAGAGGACCGGAGACUGUUUUAGUAAACUUGAAGAUGCAGUCGUCUGUAACUCAUCUCUAGGCCCAGCUAACAGAGGUUGUGAGAAGAGAAAUGAAUGGAAAUGUAAGGAUGGAAGAUGUAUAGAUAAAACCAAGGUUUGUGACAGAUUUGAGCACUGUGAUGAUGGUAGUGAUGAGAAUGAUGCUGGAUGUUUCACUGAUCUAGAUCAAGUAGAUCACACUCAACUUUGUGACAGCCAACACUGUUCUCCGAAUUCUAAACAGUGUCACAACUUCAGAGGUGUACUGCAUGAACGAUGUCCUUUCCCAGAGUUAUCUCAUCUAUGUACAACUAGCUAUCUUGCUACCUUAGCUAAGGAUUAUGAUAACAGUUCUUUGUGUCUUCAAUGCGAAGAUGAUCUUCAUUGGAGAUGUAACGAUGGAUGGUGUAUUCUCAAGAAUUUAACCAACAAUGGUUUACCAGACUGUAGGGAUGGUAGUGAUGAGUCAAGUUUACCCUACGCCUGGUGGGUUGUAUUGGUCACCACUAUCAUAAUUGUCUCCCUUGGUCUUGUACUUUCCUUUUCCUGCCGCCAGAUGGGAGUCAAGAACUGCAGAAACUGCUUCCACUGCUCAUUCUGCUCAUCAGAUAGAACUGCUGAGUAUAGUGUGUGUAUGGAACUAAAGCCCUCUGCUCCUCCACUAAAAAGCACUGGUGACACUACAUCUAUAGAUGGACCGGAAAAAAUAGAUAUUGAUGAGGAAUACGAUGACGAUGAUGAUGAGGACAAGCUUGAUCCUGAUUGUGAGAAUCUAGUGCUGGAGCAAGAUCUACCUGUUGAUCUGAUUAGACUAAUUGAGGACAAAAAUAGAUGUUGGGAUUAUAAGACAAGAGACCCAUGUAUGGCACAAAUUCUGGGAAGUUCCUAUUCACCUACUACUGUUAAGAGUGAGUAUAUGCUGGAGGUGAAGAAGCAGUACAUAUAUGCACACACCGAUCCUCUACACAUACAUCACCUAUACUCAUUCCUAGUCAAUAGGUAUCCCAGUAUUUCUGAACUGGCUAAAAUAAUAAAUAUUUUAAUGGACUUGGAGCGAGAAAUUCACUGCAUGUCUAAGUUGGAGGUUCUCAAGUGCUGGAGGCUGACCUUAGGCUCUUCAGUAGUAAUCGGGAGGGUUAUUGAAUCUGUAUCAGAUGAACCAAGUGUUUGCUCGAAACUUUACAAUUCGUUUCUACCAUUCAGAAAUUGUUUGCGAAAUAUCCGACGAACAAUGUUCCGAGCAAAGCCUAACCGAGAUGCUGGUUGGUUUCGAACCUUGAAAACAGUUUAUUUUACUGUUACUCCUUUCAUUGGAGCCAGCCUUCUCUACUUCGAGACUAUAAAGAAUAUUGUUUAUGUAAACAUUGUGUACAACGCUCUCUACGAUCUCUCAGAUGGAAACCCAAGAGAUUUUCCUUUUGAAAUGUUUUUACUACUUUUCAUGAUUGCUGCCAUUGUUACAGUACAGUGCCUGAAUAUUGUGUACAGUGUGUUGUACAGCAAUGAUAUAUUUGAGAUUUCUCACGCCGACGAGUGCGGGAAAAUGAAUACUAGAAUUUUGUUUAAAAUAGUGGCCUUCCUUCUCUCUCCUCUUAUGCCUUGUUUUGUUCUGGCUAACAAGGCAUAUUAUGACGCUAAGUUGGAUAAUCAGAGGCGACAUCUCCAGACCUUUCCGGUCUUCAAGAACCCAGAGGAGGAGAAGGAAGGGGAGGCUGUACCUUUAAAGGAGACGGAUAUAAACAAGAAAGAUAAAGAUGAACUUAAAGAGAAGAUAAAGAUUUACGGAAUAAUUCGUCAGCUAGAAUCGAAAUCACUGCUUUACAGAAAGAUCUACUCCUACUACCGUGUGACUAGCGGAGUUAUAGAGUCCGUCACCUUCGUUGUAGUUCUUGUUCUACUUAUGUUUGUCACAGGGCGAAAAGGUCGAGAUAUAAAUCUGAUAGUUGGUGUGGAGCACAGGCUUAGAACAUUCUUCGGAGUAACAUCAUACCAGGGAGGAAUUCUAGAGGAACUGAAUCUUGUCAGAGACUUUGUCAUGGGUUCCUCCUUAAUGUACAGUUUCUUUAUGGUAUUGUCUGCCCUUGUACGGUACUGGUUCCAGGCUAAGAACCUGUGCCUGAGUGUGGGAGGUAGGAUCGUGUUGACCGCCUACCUGUCCGCACUCACCUUCAACAGGUUGACCACAUACAUCAGCAUAUUCAGCAUCACCCAACCUCUCAAGUUUGACAAUGGACAUGAGGAGCCUCUUAUAAACCUGCCCUGGGCUGUUGUCAUUUUUAGCAUUCUUAUAUUAG